UAUUAAAGAAGCCUGUGUUAAUAAUUACUCUGAAUUAAUUAUAGCAAUCAAUAAUGGAGCUAAUAGAAUAGAGUUAUGUGAUAACUUAUCAUAAGGAGGUACAACACCUUCUUUUGGAACUAUAAAGAAAUCAGUUUAAUAUCCAAUUGUUGUUAUGAUUAGACCUAGAGGUGGUGAUUUUGUUUAUACAGCAGAAGAAUUUGAAAUUAUGAUAGAAGAUAUCAAGAUUUGCAAAUAACUAUAAGUUAAAGAAAUUGUUACAGGUAUCUUAACAACUGAUUCAGAAAUUGAUAUAGAGAGAAUGAAAAUAUUAAUUGAAAUUGCUUCUCCUAUGCAAGUAAUAUUUCAUAUGGCUAUUGAUGAUUGUCAUAAUUAUCAUUAAAGUUUAUAGCAACUCAUAAAUUUAGGGAUUAAAAGAGUUCUUACUAAAGGAGGAAAGUAUAAAUCAGCUUUGGAAGGAAAAGAUUCAAUUAAACAGAUAGUUGAACUAUUUCCAUAAUUGACUAUUUUAGCUGGUAGUGGAAUUACAAAAGAUAAUUAUAUUAGUUUAGUUUAAUAUUGUAAUUUAAAAGAAGUUCAUGGAACUAAAAUUGUUUGA